UUAGAUCGUCAGGAAGGAAAGGAAAAGCAAUCUCGUAGAAAUGGGAACAGUCGAGGAGAUGGAGGAAAUGAAGGUCAUAAACGUCCGGCUGGCUCAUUUUCCAUGCUUAUCAUCCCUGCUGUAACAUUUGGUUUGGGUUGUUGGCAAACGUAUCGGCUUAGAUGGAAGCUCAAUUUGAUCGAGAAAUUGCGAGAACGUCUGAAUGAGCCUGCUGUCGACUUCCCGCUUGACGAGUUGGAACCGUUCUUUAUUCCAAAACGUCAUGCUGAAAGGACGACUGCAUCGAUGUUGUCUAAUGAUAAUCUCUCUAGUCAUGGUGCUCAUAUCAUCACACCAUUCCGUCUUUUAAAUUCAGAUCUUGUUAUCAUGAUCAAUCGAGGUUGGGUGCCUAUUUCACGCAUCUCUCCGAAUAGUCGCCAGGAUUCUCAGGUCAAGGGAAUUGUCACCUUUGAAGCUGUUGUCAGGAAAAGUGAAACGCGUCCACAAUUCAUGGGUGCAAACAUACCAGAGAAAGGAACUUGGUUCUAUAAGGAUUUCGAUCAAAUGGCUCGGCAAUACGGUACUGCUCCAAUAUAUCUUGAAGCAGUUUACGAAUCCACGAUACCAAGAGGACCGAUCGGUGGACAAUCUAACGUCACUGUUAGAAACGAUCAUCUCCAAUAUUUGAUCACGUGGUUAGUUUGUUGGUUGCCUUUGGUGAGCCAGUGUCUUUGUUUAUCGAAAUUCAAAUUUUAG